AAUGAGUAGCGUAAAUGAGAAUUUGAAUUAGUACAGAGCCAUUUCCCGGUAUUAGAGACUGCGGAUAUGCUUAUUUUUCGAAUAGAAAAUCUUUCCAAACAGUAGCCGACAGCUCAUGGACACAACAAAUAUUAGCAGUAAUCUUCAGUAAUCCCCAACUCAGGGCUGGAGAUCGGCGCACAAAUAUGUUGGAAGGCAAAGAAUGAACGGAUUGGGAUGCGUUGUCAAAAGGCGGAAGGUCGAGCAGCCCCGUGAACUGCUCCCGGCGAUUGGGAGUUUGAUGAUUUGACUGAGCAAAAAUAUCGAUACGUCUGGCAUUGAAAGUACAGCCGCCUCUGACAGCGGAAAGCAAAAAAAAACUACAACGGGCGCACACAACAUAAAUCAUGACCAGUGUGAGGGAAAGCGCCCAUGAAGAUUGAUGUUAAACAAUAAUCCUUGCAGUUAGGGAUGAAGGUUCUAAAUCAGGAUAAUGUCCCAUUGACUGGUCAUCGUGACUGUUGAUCAAUGACAAUUAGCUAGGGGAGUUUCUCAGAAAAUAAAAGCACACGGUGGAUGAUCAUUUUGAAGUGCCGGCGAUACUGCUGCACGAAUGAUCUGCAUUGCCGUAAACAGGACAGGCAGCUUUUCGCCUGGUCAGAAACGGAACAGAGCGGGCGUUGCGGACUAACUGAGGUACUGGGGGAAAACAUAUAUAGAAAAAAACAAGCUGAGAAUUUGUCAACACUACGUUUCAUGUUGAUUGCACUAAUGGGCUGUUUUAAGUCAAAACACAAGUACGCGGUGCAGAAUGUCAACAUCGCGGAGCAAAAGGACAGUCAGCAGUGUCAUGGGGCUGAGGCUGUGAUGGUCGAAGCCAAACCCGUGCAAAAACGCGAGGACGCGCUGCGGGUGAACGCAGCGCUCCUGGAUUAUGCACAGCGCCUCUCCGAGGACAUAGUCAACGCGGCAGUGGAACGGUGGCGAGAAAUCGAGAGCCGAUACAGUGACAUUCCUUACAUAGAAAGCGAUGUUCCCUGAAUCUCCAGCGCUGGCACCUCCCAUCAGAGACACACACACACACACACAGGGUGGGUCGGUAAUGUUGGAAAACAGGGAGCUCCACUGCAUUCGACGCUGAACGGCACCCUCACAAGGAGAAAACUUGUUUUCGUACGCCUGUCUUUUCAUCUGUUGAGUCGCGACCAAAGUAUAUAUUCCUGAAAAGUAUUCGGAAACAACUUUAAUCAUUAACAAAAAAAAUUUUUUGGACAAUCUUGAUUGGCAUUUUGCCACACCUACGAGUACGUUCUCCAUGCCGCCCUAAAUACACACACACAGACAAUCCUGGCUACAUUGCUUAUGUGUUUAGGUGCUGGGCAGAUUUUUCAGAUUUAUGUAUAAACAAUUCCAAUAUAGUUGGAGUUAGACAAGGCAAAUAUCCAGAAGAUUAAGUUGACGCAAGUUUCAUGGAAGUGUUUAGCAAUUCAUAUUUUCGGAAAAUAAAAAUGUGCCUAAGGCUAACAUGGGCUAAACAAUGAUGCAUUUCUAGGCAAUUUGUAUGAAUAUGGCCUACGUUUUAAAACAAGGAAAUCGGUAGCCUUUUACGUGGAGACGAUAUAAGGAAGUCAGAAUCUCUUAUGCAGCUGUUUAGAAUGGGAGGCCCUACAACAUUUGGGGAACUGCAUUGACAGCAGAAAUGCCCAAAACGUCAUACACACUAACACACAUUCUAAUGAACGAUAAUUGAUACUUUAUUGCAUCCAUUUUGAAGAAGCAGCCGAUUGCUGCUACACCAUAAACAUGGUCAUUCUUUCAAACUUAGGGAAAACUCAUUUUAAAUAAGUAACUUAUUCAAGGACAAAAUCUUCUGCCAAGUGUUCUAAACCACACGCAUUUUUUUUAAUUUGAGAAGAGGAACAACUGUACUUCGUACGAAAGGCUAGCCAGUACAAAUCAGAUUAAUUAGUCAAGCUAUGCGCAAAACUUCAAAAUGCUACCAUGGAACCAAGCUCAUCACAUCCAUAUAAUCAUUUCAUUAAUUCAGUAUGUGACUGUGAACACGGCAAUACAAUGUAUUGCUGAACACGUUUUAAUCACUUCUCAACAUAAUCGCGCUCCUAAAAACCAUUACAGUACUGUGUUCAGUUAUAGGAGGUUAAAGGGUGACCUUGCCGAGGUUUAUAAAAUCAUGAGGGGUAUAGAUGAGGUGAACGGCAGAUCUUUUUGCCUUAGGGUGGGGAUUUC